UAGUUCCCAUUUGAAGCAAUAGACUCCAGCAACUUUACAUCAUUUCUAGAGCAUUCUCCAACCGCUAUUAAAAAAUGUUUGGCCUCAUUAUAUCAGGACGCUUACCUCAAACUGACUUCGCUGCAGUCGACGAAAACAAAUUGCUCAUAAAUGUGCCUGACAUUGAAUCGGUUAAUUAUAUAGUGGUCUUUUUAACGGGCAUGACACCCCUUCCUGUGGGAACGGCAGCAGCUAUAUACUUCAGUUGGCCAGAUGCGAAUGCAGCGCCGACUUGGCAGUAUCUGGGCCACAUAAACAACAACAAGCCGUCAGCAAUUUUUAAGAUAGCGCAACUUAAAAAGGGCCACGAACUGGAAGCACAUUCACACGGGAUGGUCUUUGGAGCGCAAGAGAUAUCAACAAUUGCCCAAAUAGGAGUUUCAAUAGAGCCAGAAUUAACAGUGGCCCAACAAACACCAGCUGUGUCAAGCGCCAAUGACAACAAACAGUUUGGACAACGCAUGCUGGAAAACUUCUUCAAUUAUGCCUCAAGCUUUUGUGUAGGAGCUCAAGACAUUUCACCUGCCAGCAGUACAUCAUAUGUGCCUUUUUCUGUCGUUCAAAAUUGGUACGUCAAUUUUCAGCGAAGGAUGGAACAGAAUCCAAAUUUUUGGAAGUACUAAACAAGGGAAGAGACAUCAGGGUUUUUAAUUACAUAUUACAACUAGGAAUAAACAAGAAAUGAAAACAUUA